UGUUGAAGACCUGUCUUUUGUCUUCAUUUCUUUAUAACACAUCAGCAUUUAUGUAGAACUGUGAUAAAAACAAUUGUACAUUUUGAAGCGCCUUCGAAACGUCGAGUCAAUACGCAUCUGUCUGUCUCGCGAACGUUCAUAUUUGCUACGUAAAAUAAUGGAAAAUGCUGAAACAUCCGAUCAAAACGGUACGACGCACUACACGAACGGUUUAGUAAACGGAUUUCACACUCAACAGUCCGAUGACGGAGAGUGUAUUUCAUCUAACGGAGGUGGUCAGGGUGCUAGUGACAGUAGCGGUGGCCAUAAUGGUAUUGACAGUUUCCACCAUCUUCAUCAAGAUGUACACAACAAUGGUUCGCCUACGAAGCGCUGCAGACUCCGAAGACGCGUGGAUUCGGGAAAGAAGAACAGACCGCCCUUUCCAUGGUUUGGGUUGGAUAUUGGAGGCACUCUGGUCAAGCUGGUUUACUUUGAGCCCAAAGACAUAACUGCUGAAGAAGAACAAGAGGAAGUGGAGAGUCUGAAGAGCAUCCGCCACUAUCUGACCUCCAACGUGGCAUAUGGAAACACCGGUAUCCGUGACGUUCACCUGGAGUUGAAGAACCUCACCAUGUGUGGCCGGAAAGGCAACCUCCACUUCAUUCGGUUCCCCACGCAAGAUAUGCACGGCUUCAUCCAAAUGGGCAGAGAAAAGAACUUCUCCAGUCUACACACCACACUGUGCGCCACGGGUGGGGGAGCAUACAAAUUUGAGGACGACUUCAGAACGGUGGCUGAUUUGGAGCUCCAGAAGCUGGAUGAACUGGACUGUCUUAUUCAUGGUCUGCUGUAUGUUGACUCAGUCGGGUUCAAUGGUCAUCCAGGGUGUUAUUUUUUCCAAAAUCCCUCGCACCCUGAAAACUGUGUCAAGAGGCCAUUUAGCCUGGAGAACCCCUUCCCUAUGUUGCUGGUAAACAUUGGCUCGGGGGUAAGCAUCCUGGCUGUCUACUCCAAGGAUGAUUACAAGCGAGUCACAGGCACCAGUUUAGGAGGUGGUACGUUUCUAGGCCUGUGUUGUUUGCUGACUGGCUGUGACACAUUUGAGGAGGCUUUAGAGAUGGCAGCUAAAGGGGACAGCACAAAUGUGGACAAACUAGUGAAGGACAUUUAUGGAGGUGAUUAUGAGCGCUUCGGUCUCCAGGGUUCCGCCGUUGCAUCCAGUUUUGGUCAUAUGAUGAGCAAGGAGAAACGUGAUAGUAUAAGUAAAGAGGACCUGGCCAGGGCCACUCUUGUCACCAUCACCAACAACAUUGGUUCCAUCGCCCGCAUGUGUGCAGUCAACGAGAAUAUCGAUAGAGUGGUUUUUGUUGGGAAUUUCCUUCGGAUCAACACAUUAUCAACUAAGCUGCUAGCCUAUGCCAUGGACUUCUGGUCUGACGGACAACUGAAAGCCCUUUUCUUAGAACAUGAAGGUUAUUUUGGAGCUGUUGGUGCCUUCCUAGAGCUACUAAAGAUGACUGAAGACUCCUGAGACACUGAGGAAAACCCAACCUUCAAACCAGAAGCUGCUGAGCAGAUGUUCAAGAUGUUCUGAGCUUCUCCUCAUGAUAACUGUUUCUUGUCAGCGUUGCCAUACACCCAGCACAGAUUUGCCUUUGCCAUGUAUUGAUGAUUUAAGUGGAAGAUGAUUUAGGAUAAUAAUGCUUGUAUACUCCCUCUUCUCCCUGUUUGUGAGCUUUAUGAAAACAGUUGUAACGUAUGAAAAGGGUUUGGAGGUGAGUAUUAUGUGUAUAAGUGGAACAGCCUGCUGUAUAAAAACAACCUUCCCCAAUCAUCUCUGAACAAAUCAUGCUUUUAAACCACAAAUCAGAUUUACAUUUACACAUAGAUGAAAAGUCUGUAAGAACAGUCCAUUUAUGCAGGACUUUUCUUUCCCAUUUCCAGUCACAUACAAGCAUUUAUAAUAUCUGUAUUACAUUAAAAAUGCUAAGUUGUAUUAUUGAUCAUACAGUCAUUUUGGACACUAAAGCGUGAGUCAAAAUUCAUUCAUUUUUUAUAAUAAUACAUCAAAUACCAUUUAAAUUUCAGUACUUUUCAGUUAGAUCAGUCUUUUAUUUGAACACUUACAAAAUUAGCUAAAUGUGGUCAGGUAGACCUGUUUUAUCUACAUUGGGCCAGAGUCUAGCCAAAGAUAUCUUAGUUUCUGAGAUAUCUUUACCUCCUUUUAACUGCCCUAUGUAAUGAACAGUGAACAUAUGCACCUGAGCUGACACCGAUUGUGUUGGGACCAAAUUGACUACCUUUACAUUGACUAGAAAACAGUAUCUUCAUCAGAUGGAGAAUUCUCAUAGUACACUACAUACAGUCCAAUAAGUCCUUUCUUAUGGUGAUAAUGAUUUGUAUUUGGUUUUGCAGUCCCAAAUGCUGAGAUUUCUCUGAUCUGAAUGUGUUAACCGUAUACCCUGUGUAUAUACACUGUAUUGUGUAAUGUUUUGUUGUUGUUGUUGUUUUUAUUUAAUUUAACAUUUGCACAAACCAUCUCUUGUCAUAUUCAUGCCAUUAUGCAGUGAUGUCUUAAAUUUCAUUUGAGACUGCUAACCAAGACAUAUAUUUACUGUCAAACCUCCUUGCAAAUGCCUUCAUCCUUUCAACAUUUUCAUCUUAAACUUCAUCUAUUAAUGAACAUAUUUUGCCUUUUUUCCCCUCAUGUAUCAACAUGAGAAUCGCUUAACUACUGUAUAUGCCUAAACAUGUUUUAACUCUGUAUUAAUGCUGGACAGCUGGGUCUGACUGUGAACGCUCCAGGUUGUUGUUCAGAACCAGAUGCAUGAUGUGCUCCUAAAGCUGGAAUCAGAAAUCCCAAAAAAGAUAUUCCAGUCAUUAUAAUCUAUCUAAAUAUGUAAGAUCGGAAACAAAAGCCUUUCUAAAAGAAAAUGUAUUGCUUUUCCCUCUCUUUGAGCCACAGCGUGACACCAUACAGUUCUACCAAUUUCAUUUUCUCAUUUUUCCAGCACACUCUAAAUAUGAACUAAAAAAGACACGCAAUACUUUUUAACAGCACUGAGAAAAUACGAUUUCUUUUUUUUUUUUUUUUUUGCUGAUCAUCAUGAAUGCAAGCAAGACCAAAACUCCUAAAAGGAAGUAAUAAGAGGAAUAAUAUCAUGAUGCAAUUUCUAUUAGAAGAUUCUGUCUUUUGUGUCAAAAAUAAUCACUUAUUGUGAUUGUACCGAACCGACUACAUGUUCAUCAGGUACUGUAACUCAACAACAGACCUGUGCUGACAUUAAUGUGUAUUUAAGCUGCUGGUUAACAUCUGUGACCGCACGUUAAACACACAGCCUCUACUUCUUUUCCUUCUGUCUGUUGAUUCAUGCUUUACUUCUGCUCAGUCCUUAGAAUUGCCUUAUGCAGUGGGGUGCCAUUUUGUCUUUGGAUGUCUGGAUUAUGCACAAUGGCAUCCCAACAUCUCUCUGAGCCACAAAAGUAACUUCCAAGUGUUACGGGGUGCCUUUUACUGAUAGAGACAAGGCUUUAUCUCUGUAUCCUCUGCAUUGUUGCAAAUGCUAAAUCCACAUCACUGUAUAGAGUAAGCUUUAACAAUAUAUUUGCAGUUUUUCCUUUUUUUGGGGGGGGGGGGGGGGGUAUUGCUUUACCUGUAUGCCACAGCAGACUGAAUGCAUGUGUCGGUACUUUGUAUUUUUACUGAGCCAAUACAAAGCAUGUAAGCAAUUUCUGAACAGGUGUGUCACCCCUUAAGGCGAUGAUACACUGGGCAACUUUUUGAGCAAUGUUGCUGUUCAGUGUUACCAUAAAUGGGCAACCAGGUGAGACACCGAGCAUACAACCGAUCUAAAAUAUCCAAAUAGAAAUUUUCUGCCCAUUCUCAAUGGGAAAGUGCCCAAGACACGUUGCUCAAAAAAGAUUCCCCAUGUAUCAUCACCUUCAGGCAUUUGAAUGGAUCGCUCCAAUGUAGUCAAAUUGCCUUUGUCAAGUUUUGUUCUUGUAAACCAGCAUAACACUUGGAUCUUAUGUCAGCGCAUGUUAAUGUCAAUGCGCUGUUUGUAUUAAAUUAAAUGUAAUCUUUCUCUCCUUUCAUAAAUGUAUCUGUCCCAGACUGUACAUGUUUGAUGCCCAUUUCUUCAGAAAGCAUGUUCUAAAUUAUAAAUGCUGAAGAGCCAUUGAAGCUGAAUUAUAAGCUUUUUCUAGAGCUCAGUUGCUUCUUAAUAAAUAGUCUAAUUUUAGAUAAUUAAAUGUUAAUUUUCCUUGCUAAUACCCCUUAUUAAUUAGCUCAGUCUCCUGACAAACUUGUCUAUAUCACUACAUAAAUUUUAAGUGUAUUUCUUAUGCUAUAACGUUUGAUGUUGAUGAAUCCUUGAUUUAAUUCUGUCUCCUAGUAAAUGAUGAAAUCAUAUUAUUAGCUCUAAAAUGUCAAUAAGAAUUCUUUAUAUUGGUUUUGAGUUAUCAGGUGAAAAGCUAACUUCAUUUGUCAAUUAACUAUUUUGUAAAUAUCUAAUAAAUGUGUUAAUUAUGGUAA